AUGGAAAGAUCGAGGCGUUCUUCCACCAGGGAUCAAAACGACGAGUUUGAUCUACAAGACCUGGAAACCUCACUCGAGGACUAUAGAAACUCUCUUGUUGUCCACAAUAUGGCAGUGAUGGCGGAUACUGGCGUGACUCUGGACCUGGCGCAGUCCCUAAACGAGUUUGGAAACUCCAUCUACGAAAAAAAGGAGUUCAAUUGCAUCAGGCUGGACGUUAGAAUAAAGAAGGAGCUGGAUUCUUCGUGCCGAAUGCUCGAUUCCAGGGAGUUUGAGCAGAUAUCUACCGUUAAAGUCCUUGAGGCGACCAAGGCGUUCGUCACGCCCUCAGUUAUGAGCGGGUUGCACAAACAUGGAAUGGAGCGAUGCAAAGCGCACGGGGAUCUGGACCCAGCAAACCUUGUGCACACUUCCGUCAAGGUUUCCGUCUUCUCAAACGGGAAGCUGUCAGUCACCGGAGCCAGGAGCCUGCUGUCUGCAACCGUGGCACUUGAAAAGGUGUGCCGCGCAGUGAGGCGGAGGAUCAACAAGAAGGCGCGGCUGUGCCACAUAACGUGCACGAACAUCCUCGUGGUCUACGGGUACCCGAACCAAAUCGUCCUGCCACUGUUUCACAGGCUGUACAAGGGCUCCAGCUAUGACCCGAUCAGAUUUUCAGGAGUGCGGGUAAGAGUGCCAAUCAACUCAGUGCCGAUCGUCUACAACAUAUACAAGGUGCUGUACGUCACCGGCUUUAGCACCAAGUACGCCCACAUGAUUAGGGAGGAAGGUGAAGCAGAGCCGUCGGACGAGCCUGAAGAGUCCGAAGAUGAGUCAACGACUCCGACGUUCAUCCCUAACGCUGUGGUCGCGCCACCUGUGAAAAGGUACAAACCGGGCAAAAUUGGCAUUCAGAGGUUCGUGGACUCAACGAUGUCGGACAACAGAAAGGUUCAUAACGCGGCCCCCGUGGCUGUGAAGAGGAAGAAGACUCGGUUGCCAAAAAACGUGUCAAUAUGGUCAAACACGAACCUGUUGGACAGUCAAGUCAAUGAGGAGGGGGAGACGCUGCCAAGGUUUGACCCCUUUGGCAAGAGUCCCAAGGAGGAAGUCGUGACUGUCAACGUGUUCAGCUCCGGAAACAUGACCUUCACCGGAGCCAGGUCAAUUUCAAGUGUACAAAUGGCUCUUUCGCACAUAUACCCGUUCCUCAAUAUGGCCACUAGAAAAACUUGA